CCGCCCGCCCGGUACCCUCCAGAACGCCGGUCCACGACAGCACAUCUUCCCCGGGUCACCCAGCCCCGGGCCUGCGCUUCAGGGAGGGUCAGGCCGACCGCCUCUGGCACCGCUGUCCCUCCAGUGAAUAAAAUAGCCUACUGGAAACUUAGAACAUAAAUGGAAGUUCAUGUAAGGUGGUGAACUAAGACUGGGUUUCUCAGCCUCAGCAUUAUUGGCAUCUUGAGCCAGGCCUCGUACACCAUGUUAUGGAGAUUGAACUUCAUGGGAAAGACUAGCCAUCGAAGCAGUUUCAACAAGAGCAAGCGAUGACCAGAUAUGGCUCAGAAAGGGCUGGGAGCUUCUGAAUCCUGUCAUAAAAAGGGAAUGAAACAAAAGCCCAUCCCCCAAAUGACGGUAGAUAUUCAGCCAGCAUGCCUUGGACUUUAUUGUGGGAAGACCCUGUUAUCUAAAAAUGGCUCAACUGAAAUAUAUGGAAAGUGUGGGGUGUGUCCAAGAGGACAGAGAACAAAUGCACAGAAAUAUUGUCAGCCUUGCACACAGUAUCCAGAACUUUAUGAUUGGCUCUAUCUCGGAUUUAUGGCUAUGCUUCCUCUUGUUUUACAUUGGUUCUUCAUUGAAUGGUACUCGGGGAAAAAGAGUUCCAGUGCACUUUUCCAGCACAUCACAGCAUUAUUUGAAUGCAGUAUGGCAGCUAUUAUCACCUUACUUGUGAGUGUUCCAGUUGGUGUUCUCUAUAUCCAUUCAUGUCGCGUACUGAUGCUUUCUGAUUGGUACACAAUGCUUUACAACCCAAGUCCAGAUUACAUCACCACAGUGCACUGUACUCAUGAAGCUGUCUACCCACUGUACACCAUUGUAUUUAUCUAUUAUGCAUUCUGCUUGGUAUUAAUGAUGCUGCUCCGACCUCUUCUGGUAAAGAAGAUUGCCUGUGGGUUAGGGAAGUCUGAUCGAUUUAAAAGUGUUUAUGCUGCACUUUACUUCUUCCCAAUUUUAACCAUACUUCAAGCAGUUGGUGGAGGCCUUUUAUAUUAUGCCUUCCCCUACAUUAUAUUAGUAUUGUCUUUGGUUACUCUGGCUGUGUACAUGUCGGCUUCUGAAAUAGAGAACUGCUAUGAUCUUCUGGUCAGAAAGAAGAGACUUAUUGUUCUCUUUAGCCACUGGCUGCUCCAUGCCUAUGGAAUAAUCUCCAUUACCAGAGUGGAUAAACUCGAGCAAGAUUUACCACUUUUGGCUUUGGUACCCACACCAGCACUUUUUUACUUGUUCACUGCAAAAUUUACUGAACCUUCACGGAUACUCUCAGAAGGAGCCAAUGGACACUGAAUAUAAAAUGCCAAAAAAAAAAAAAAAAGAAAACCCACCUCAGAGGUGUUCUAGUAAAUAGAGAAAUGAAGUAUAUAAGUAAGCUUCUGUCAUACAUGGAAAUAAGAGCAUUUCUCAAUGUUUUCUUAUUGGACUCAACAGACUAUGUUUUAACUGUUAAUAAAAAUAACAGGAAUUUCAGACAUUUCUCUAAGUCUGAAAUUACAUAGUAUAAUACACUACACAAUUAGAAAGCAUUGUUAUACUAGAGGCCUGUUAGGAAGCACUCACCUCUGCAACAAUUCAGUUUUCUUUAGGGGAAAAUCAUGUUCUUGUGUACCUAGAGAUGUGUGGUUUCCAUUUCUAUUAAGAAAAACCGAGCAUAUAACCUGAAAUCCUUAGCAUUGGCAUAGUUGUGUAUACCUUUCAGUUAUAAUGUAUUAUAAGGACAAAUAUUUGUGGGGUCUGAUGGCAAAUGUGGAAUAUGUUGUU